GCAUGUUUACAUUUCCCCUUGCCUGCGGUCUCUUUAUCAGGCAAUGGGUUUGUUCUGCAUCUAGUAUAAAGUAAGCAAGCACGGUUUUCACACACACAUGUACUGCACCUAUGCAGUGUGCACAGGAUGACACAGAUGAGUUCAGUAUUGAGCAUUUUCGUCUUAUUCCUUCACACCGCUUUUGGGGAAAGUGGUUGCAGCUCAGCAGAUGGUGAUGGGACUUUUGGAGAUGAUGAAUCAGACAAUUUUGACGUCGACUGCUUCAGCCAGCUGGAAUUUAGGGAUUCCUAUAGCAGCCUGACGUGCAAUUUUACUGAGCUGCCUCUUCACAACACUAACUAUACCCUGUCCCUGUGUACCAAGGAAGACAGCAAUUACUUGUGCUUCAAUAUGGAGAAACGACAAGAUGUGUAUUUCUUACAAUUCAUGGAUAUACUCACAAAUAAAGAUAUUUGCAUGGACUCUGAGACAAAGAGAAGGGUCUGCCGGAAUCUGGUUGUGACUGACAUUGUUAAACCUGAAGCACCAUUCAAUGUAAACAUCACAUACCAAAAGGAGGCAAAUGAAUAUCUUAUUCAUUAUAGUACACCACACUCACGGAAGAAGUACUUAAAGGACAAAUUAACACACCAAACAGCCUAUCGGGAGGAAGAAGGUACUUGGAAGACAAUAGAAUUGCCAUACCUUCAGGUAAAAUUACUGGGGAAAAACCUUGAAAAUGAUGCAUCGUAUGAGGUGAAAGUACGUUCACGGCCCAACGGAGACUAUUUUAAAGGCAUAUGGAGUGAAUGGAGUGCUUCCAAGAGCUUCAGGACCACAAGGGAGCUGCACUUCACGGAGAGCUACAGCAGCAUGGUUGUGGUCGUACUCGCCAUUUUGGGAUUCAUGCUAUCCGUUGUCAUGAUUGUCCUGUUUGUAACUUUUUGGGAAAACAGGAUCAAGCCUGUCAUGUGGCCAAACCUUCCUGAUCAUAAAAAGACGCUGGAGCAUCUAUGCAAGAAGCCAAAAAAUAAUUUUGAUAUAAGCUUUAACCCAGAGAGUUUUGGUUAUGUUCAUAUCCAUAAAGUGGAUGGCAUUCGAGAAAAAGCUGAAUUAGAAAACUUUCUGCAGCCAUCAACUGCUCCAGAGACAAACCUUCCAGAAAAAUAUAGAGGCAGCUCAGACCCGAAGGUGAUCCCUGCGAUGACAGACAAAAGCAAUCCAAACCUGCCAGCGACUUACGGAGGAACCUGGCCAGCUGAAACCCGGCAGUGUUUCCUGUGCCCCAGCCAGUCUGCAGUCGCUGAAGGCAAGUGCAGCUCCAGCACAUAUGAGGUGUGCCACAGCAAUGGGGUGCCCCUGUGCAAUGAUGAUUCCAACCUUUCCCCCACCCCUCCCCUGGAUCCCUCUGGCCAGCCUGGACCAGAGCCCUUAAAUGCUGACACGGUAUCCCGGAUGCUGCUUACCAGUGAAACAAGGUCACCAAGCAAUGAGGAAGCCUAUGUCACAAUGUCUAGCUUCUACAAAAUUCAGUAA